AUGGCUGUUACUCUGAAGCGCAAACGUGGCGCUGUGUCGUAUAAAGAACCAAGCAGUGAAGAAGACCUCUCUGACAGUUCUGAUCAAGAGCGAACAGUCAGAAGGAAGAAGCGCAGAACACCCUCCCGACGGUCUACUAGGCACCAACAAGUCGAUGACGAAGACGAUGACGAAGACGAAGAUGAAGAUUCGAGCCAGUAUGCCUUUCGAGAACCCCUCUCCGUUCGCAUUCCACAAAGAGUUUCACGAAACUCGCGCAGUCGCGGCAGUCGCGGACGGCAAAGGAUAUCAUACAAGGACCUUAGUUCUGGUGAGGAAGAAGAGGACCCAGAUGCGGACUUCGAGUUAGAGGAAGUCCAGGCACCACGAACGAAGCCACCAACCGUGGCAGUCAGGUCGCCUCGUCAUCCAAAGAUCUCAAGCUCGAAAGGAGGGCCGCGGCGCAAGUUGGUUUUGGGUGCCCCUCUGAAGCCAAACAGCGCCAUACAGGCAGAAUGGAAAGCGGCAGAGAUUCCCACUGACGGACACAAACAGGCAUGGGCAUCUCUACCAUACCACGUGCUCCUUCAGAUCUUUGUGUACGCUGCACAUCCGCUUCAUGAUGAGAACAUGAAACCUACAUCUUCAAUACCAUGGCUUGUGCAAGUAGCUAGGAUGUGCUCAACAUUCACAAAGCCGGCCCUGACAGCUCUCUACCGCAACCCACCGAUCUUCGCAACCAGGUUGACACGAAAAGAUUUGGUACAUCAUCUCAUCAUGCCUCCCUCUAACGAACAUGAGGAUUACCGAGUCAUGGUAAAGCGACUGGAGUUGGAUGCGACGCAAAUGUCUGCACUGACAGAUGCUGCGCAUAGCGUUGCUGAUCUAGCAGCUCUCGUCAAGUCGUUGACGACGCUUCGUGAAAUCGAUAUCUUCGACCCCAUCGAUAGACCACCCUUCCGUGGGAGGCUCAGGCGGUUACGCCGGUGGGUCUACCCCAACGAGCUCUUCGAAGCUUUACGACAAACCCAACUGCGUCUCAGGAGCUGGCGAUGGAAUAGUACCUUCUGCGACCAGGGCCCUCUUUGGCUGAAAACGAUCCAUGGUGGAACGGCCUUCCAAAGCCUUCGCGAGUUGACGUUUACCAAGUUCCAUCCUGAGCCCUCGCAUGAAGAUCGUGAAGACCGCGAAGACCUCCAAGGUCAGCCGACAACAGAAGAGCUGCUAGCAUCCGCUAUAGCUGUUCUACCUAAUCUGCGAACUCUGUCGUUCGAGUCUUGUGGUGUUGUCAGCUGGCGUAUGCUUCCGCUUCUGCCAGACAACCUCACUAGUCUUACUAUUAUCAACUGUGGUGAGCUGCUCUCUGAUGCUCUACAAGCGUUUUUGGCCACGCACGGCGCCCAACUCGAGGAACUGGUUCUUAAUCACAAUCAAUCUCUUGAUCUGUCCUUUCUCGUCGAUCUGAAGCGCUCCUGUCCUAAGUUGGAGGUCUUACGGAUGGACACGACCUACUAUAGUUCUCUUGCGAUGUCUUCUGACAAUGAACCGUUGUACGACACCCUCCUAGGCGAAAGCGAGAUACCUAGCUGGCCUUCCACUCUUCGAGUGAUCGACAUGGAAUAUCUGCGCAACUGGAACUCGAAGUCCGCGACCAACUUUUUCAGCUCCCUGAUCGAAGCCGCCGAGGAACUACCAUGGUUACAAGAGAUCACUAUCAUGGCAAUGGUGGACACUGAUUGGCGGCAACGGGCGGCAUUCAGGAUGAAAUGGAGCGCCAGGUUCAAGAAGGUCUUUGCAAGGAGAUGGGUUGCUCCAAGUCCCCACCUCGCGUCACUCAGGGCUUUCAGGGAGUGGAAAGAGCAGAGCAAAGUCGAAGAGAAGAAUGAUUCAUUCAUUGAGGGCUUGUCGGAACAAAAGGCAGAUGAGACAGAGAAUGCAAGGAUUGCGGAUACGAGCGAUAGUGACGUCCCACUGCUCCCUUCGCGCGAGCAGAAAGGGGAUGAUAGGUGGGGAUCAAAGCGCCUUCGCUCCCGGUCGAAGGCCACUGGGAGCUACGACGAAGCAUCGGAAAACGAGGUGGAGUCUGAGGGUGGCGAGGCGACGUCGGAUGGAGAUGAAGAUUUCUUCGUGCAAGGUCGCUGUCAUACAGUCAUCUUCCGAAUUGACAACUUUCGUCCCCGCGAGGAGAUAUACAAUGAAGCCGACUUUCUGGAUGCAGAGCCCAGCGGCGACGAGGAAUGGAACGGAAACGAAGACAAUGACGACGAGGGCGGUUAUGCCUGGUAA